GAAUUUUUCCAAUUCUGCGGGUGUUAGAUGGGAAAAAUGGAGGAGAACAGAUGCGAUUCAUCUUUUUGCUAAACUAUAUAACACUUCUCUUUCCUCCAUAGCCAUUUUUCUUCUGUCAACUGGUUUUCUCUUUCGCUUUGCUCUCUCUCAGGCGCUGUGAUUGUACACAUCGCAGAUCUCAUUGCGCAAUCCGCCAUGUCCCACGUUCCGCUGAAGGCCGUGACUCUCACGCACGUCCGGUACCGGAAGGGCGAUCAGCUGGGGCAUUUCCUGGCCUGGGUGUCGCUGGUGCCCGUCUUCAUCACCUUCGGCGGCUUCAUCUCCCACUUCAUGUUCCGCCGCGAGCUCCAGGGCAUGUUCUUCGCCUUAGGCCUGCUUAUUUCCCAGAUAAUCAAUGAGGUCAUCAAGACGUCGGUCCAGCAGGCCCGCCCCGAGACCUGCGUGAUCCUAGAGAUGUGCGAUUCGCAUGGCUGGCCCUCCAGCCACGCCCAAUACAUGUUCUUCUUCGCCGUCUACUUCACGCUACUCACCCACCGGAGACUGGGAUCCUUGUUCCGGUACCAAAUGUUGUUCGCUGUUCUUCUGAUCUGGCCGUUGGCGAUUCUGACUCUCCACUCGAGGGUCUACCUAGGUUAUCACACGGUGGCGCAGGUCUUUGCCGGGGCUUCGCUCGGCGCUUUCCUCGGCGCCGCCUGGUUCUGGGUGGUUAAUUCUAUAAUCAGACGUUAUUUUACGGCUAUUGAGGAGAGCGCUUUUGGGAGGUUCUUUUACAUUAAGGACACUUCGGAUAUCCCCAAUGUAUUGAAAUUCGAAUACGAAAAUGCUAGGGCUGCUAGGAAACAUGUGUCUUACAAGCGUGUGGAUUGAUACGUGAUGAUCAGUUCUGAUUGUAGUUCAGUUUCUAAUACACACAGCUUAGCUAUUAUUCACCAGAAGCAACCAUUUCAGCAGCAAUUCUCAAUUUCUCAUAUCAGUUUUGACUGUUUCUUUCCCAGAAUCGCUUCAUCUGGACUCUGAAGGUGCUUGGUACCGUUUAAAGGAUCCAUUGCUGGCACAAGAAGAGGAAAGAUAAAAUGUGUUUUGACACCUUUUUACACACUAUAUUCUAUUGCUCGUUUGAUUCAUAGGUUUUUACAGUUUUUCCAUAGUAUGGCCAAACAUUUUAUCUUGUAAGCCUGUCUUAAAAUAGAACUUCUCAGAUGAACUAAUCCUUUAAUAAGUCUACAUAAUUCAAAUAUUUCUCUACACUU